AUGGCCAUUGCAUUUGUAAGUGGAUUUGAAAGAAUAAAUGAUUUAAGAGAUAUAAAACGAUCAAAAUCAAUAGUUAUUUCGACUUGGUGCGAGCAAACAUGUCAUGGAUUUUGUGAACGAAUAAAUAAUUCUUAUAAAUGUAAUUGUAAGAUAAAUCCAGGUUUUGAAUAUUCUGAUACUAUCAAGGGAUGUCUCCCAUGUCGUAGUGCAAACUAUGGUUAUGGUUGUAAGGAAUCAUGUCGACAUGUCCCUGGAAAAUGUAAUCUAAAUGCAACGCAUGAAAAUGAAAGCUGUACUUGUAAUCUUGGAUAUCAACCACCUUUUUGUAGUCGACUUAUUGAUCAAUGUGCAAUUAAUAGUCCAUGUAAUAAUGCAACAGAAGAUUGUGUGACAGAUCCAAAUAAUGGUAUUGCUAUUUGUACUUGUAUAUUCUGUGAGUUGGAUUAUGAUGGUUGUACAUCUGGUAGUGCUUGUAAAGUUAACUGGGAUGAUGAAACAACAUGUAUUCCAUUGAAUGCUGCUGAUCAAUUAACACAAAGUCGUUCCUAUUAUUGUAACGGAUCAUGUAUAAAAGGAUAUAAUAGUUCAGUCAAUGGUUAUACAUGUGAUGAUAUCGAUGAAUGCAGUUUAAAUUCGUCUUUAUGUGGAAAUGGCACAUGUUUUAAUCUUAUUGGAUCAUAUGACUGUAAUUGUCCCUCUGGUUAUCGAUCCUAUAAUGAAACAUGUGUUGAUAUUGAUGAAUGUACUGAACCAGAUAUCAAUGGUACCUUUGUUCGUCGCUGUAGUGAUGGUGAGCUUUGUAGAAACACCAAUGGAAAUUAUUCAUGUGAAUGCAGUUCUAUUUUUAAUAACAAUGGAACUUGUACUUAUAAUUCAAGCCUCUGUAAUUCUAUUACUAGUACCACGUGUAUCGACAGUAAUGGUACUAUCCUAUGCAUUAAUAACACCGUCAAAAUAAAUGGUAGUUGUAUUGCUAUUUUGGAUUGGUGCGAACGAACAUGUCAUGGAUUUUGUGAACCAGUGAAUAAUUCUUAUCAAUGUAAUUGUAAGAUAAGUCCUGGUUUUGAAUAUUCUGAUACUAUCAAGGGAUGUCGCCCAUGUCGCGGUCCAAACUAUGGUUAUGGUUGUAAUGAAUCAUGUCGAUGUGUCAAUGGAAAUUGUAAUAGAAAUGCCACACAUGAAAACGAAAGCUGUAACUGUAAUCUCUUAUAUGCGCCACCUUUUUGUAUUCAACUGAUUGAUAAAUGUGCAACUAAUAGCGUAUGUAAUAAUGCUACAGAAGAUUGUGCAACAAAUCCAAAUAAUGGUACUGCUAUUUGUACAUGUAAACUUGGUUAUGAAAGAAACAACGUAACUGGCAUAUGUACAGAUAUCGACGAAUGUGCAAUGAAUGUAAGUAAUUGCAAUCCAGAAAGUUCAACUUGUAACAAUACCAUUGGAAAUUACAUUUGUGAUUGUAAAGCAGGUUAUCAGCUAAAUAAUGUUUCAUGUAUCGAUAUCAAUGAAUGUCUAAAUUUGACAAUUUGUGUCAAUUAUGAUAACACAUAUUGUGCUAAUGUUAAAGGCUUGUAUGAAUGUCGAUGUAAGCAUGGUUAUUCAGUAGGAGGUCAUAUAACUCAAGCAUAUCAAAAUAUCUUGAACACAAAUGAUUUUUGUCAACCAAUUGACUAUUCAUCAUAUUGUGAAAAUCAAUGUUUACUUCCUGCGACAUGCAAUGCAGCUGUUGGUCGUUGUGCAUGUCCAAGAUCAAUAUUUGAUUUUAUUCUUUCUUCGGAUGCAAUCAAUCAAACAUGUCAAUGUCCUGGCCAUCCAUUUGUGAACUAUAUUAGUGAAAAUCGGAAUAGCGAAUUACAAAAUAAUGAAGGAGAACUUUUUGUUGGUUUAAAUAUAUCAUUGAAUGCUACUCAUCGUUUGCAACUUGUCAAUGAAAUUCUUCAAAAUACAUUUUUAAAUGCGAAUUAUAAUUUGACAGUAGCAAAAUCGACAAAUUGGAUAAUUAUUGUUAGUGUUAUAAGUGCUAUAGCUGGUCUUCUUCUAAUUAUUUCUGUUUCAAUGUGUAUUUUUUAUAUUAUUGGAAAACGUCGUCAUUCAAAAACAAAAGAAACAAAACAAUCAACAGAUAAUAGACAGUUUACCAUUCCUCGAGCUCAUCCUCCAACAAUGGGUACUACGAGUAAAGAUUCAAUCGGUUUUACUGAUUUGAAUCGUAUUACAAAUGAUGGACAAAGUAAUGAUGCAUCUGAUACACAUUCAUCUAAUUCAACAACAACUUACAAUCCGAUUUAUCGUACAAAUGAAGAUAUUCAACAUACAUCAUUACCAAGUGGUCCUAUACCACAAACACAAAUGCUUGGUAUGGCUGAUACAUUAAACAGUUUUCCUCGUGAUCUAAUAAAUAAUCGAUCUGAAGCAGCUAGCUUAUUUUCGGAUUCAAAUGAUAUUGAUGAAAUUGAAUUUACUGCUGAUAUAUUAGAUGAUAUGAUAAAAGAUGAUAAUAAUAUGGAAGACGAUUUCAUAGAAGCAAUUAAUCCGAAUAUAAUAAUACCAAGAUCAACGACAUGA